AUGCACCCAGUACUCUUUUGGGCUGCUGUUGUUGUAGGCUGCUGGGUUGCUGUUUGGCUCCUAGUAUACAAGCUUACCGGAGGCUGGUUGGGCUACGUUUCGAUCAAUAAUGGUAUUUCCUUGAACUAUCUUUACUUUGAACUGAAGCAUGUUAAUGUGUAUGCCACCUCCGUUCGUUUGCGCCUUUGGGGCAACUCCAAACGAAUUAUAGUCACUGACUUACGGGUUGAAAUCCUCCCGAGCAAAGGUCCAAAGACACUGUCUCCGAGAAAACCGAAAGAUUCCAGCGAUUCCACAUGUGACGCUCCAGAACCUAUAUCCAUCCUUCCUAGCCGCCUAAGGUGGCUUUUCCGUUUCAUCCUUUGGCACCUUCCUACUAUAAUACUCGAGCUCAAGUCAUCGAAGUUGAUCCUUUCUCGAGAUGUGGUGGAUCUUGAAAACAUUAUCUUGACGCUGAAGAAAGAGAAGGCCGCCCACAGAAAGGACUACCUUAAUCUUCUUUUUGAUAUGGCUGGCUAUGGCAUUGAGUCUCUGCCGAAGCUGGCCUCCUCCAAAGUGCCUCCAUUAUCCAUUGGAACAUUCAACAUCAUGACCAAGACCAUUGUCGACACUUCCAGCGGAAUCAUUAAUAACACCAUUGUUCAAUUAUACUUGGAUAACCUGGAAAUUGGUGCUUUCCAAAUCCUAAGACACUUAUUCCAAGAACAAGACGAUCAUGACACCCCUUCAUCCUCAUCCAACAAAGAGGACACCAGAUCCAGGGAAGAAAAGCUUCAAAGGCUUCUUGACAAACUUACCCUUACCCAUCAAAGAGUUUCCCUGACGAUAAAGGAAAUCUCCCUCAACAUCUGUAACUCCCGUAUAUUGGGAAUACCUUGCAUACCUACUUCGUCUACAUGCGAUUUGGACGAGUACUUCUCCCAUAUUGACCCUCCAUCAUCAUUUUCCGUGUCUGUCAAGUCAAUGGCUAUUCAAGCUUCUCACCUUACUGACAAAGCGGCCGGCUUUAUGGCUUUGUUUAAUAGCAAGCGUGAUCGCCCCUUGCACUUGACAGCUUCCAUUGUAUUAUUCCAGCUGUACUUUGUUACUCGCAGGUUUGAUGAAGUUUCAAAGCUUUGGCAUUCUGAUGUUGAUGAAUUUCUUAAUGUUCCUAAUCUCAGUUUUACAUUCAAAUCAAACUUCCUCGAUCAUUUGGCCAGAGGUUUGGGCUUCAGGGACUGCUCUAUGGAAUUCUAUUCAUCCAUUAGUAACCCUAUUCUUGACCUUAGCGUCGAUCAGAUUGCAUUACUUUCUUACAACCGUGUGUUAGCGAAGAAGGUGUUGAUUCUUCGAAAGUUGAAAAGGGACAGAGCGCACCUGGCCUCCAAAGCACUGUCUUCUCAAUCACCAUCUUCCCAGUCGCCUACAGCGUCCAACACUGAUGGUGAAGAUUCCAACGGGGAAUUUUCAAGCCAUCGCCCAGAAUCAUCUCCUGAUACUCCUGUCGCUCAUAAGUUUGAUGGCCCUUAUAAGACGUCUGACGCUCCACCAACAACUCUUCUUGAUAAAGCUGUGAGCUUGCUUAAUGAGUACUAUCCUCAAAUUGGUGUCAAAUGUGCUGUGGAGCAGCCGCAAUAUGUGAUUCGCUUGGAUGAAACAGAAGUCAAGCUUAUUGACAUCUCUUAUUCCCUUAUGUACUUCCACUUGCUCACAACGGCCAACAACGAUUACGAUGCAAGAUGCCAUGUCCUCCAUCCAUGUCUCAAGUAUUCACGAAAGAUUGAUGUCCCUGAUGGUGAUGAAAACCCAAGGUUGAGUGAAGAGGUCGUUGGUUGCAAUAAUGCGGAGCUUCAAUUUCAUGUUCUUAAGAAUCUUCGUUUCAAGGUUUCUGCCUUGGCUGAAAAUGCUUUUGUUAACUUGGCCAAGCCUGAUGUUUUGAAUGGCAUAAACGAAAUUGCCUCAAGCAUGACCAAGAAGAGUUUCGAUACUUUACGCAAUGGUUCGGUGAAUCAGUUCUUCAAUAAGCGUUUAGUUGAAGAUUUCGGUAGUGAACCUUCAGAUAUUCACCAUCAUGGCCCAGCAGAAAAGUCAUCAUCGAUGGACAAGCUUUAUCGAACUUUGCCGUCGUGGUUUGUCUCUGCUGAUGUUGAGCUCAAAGGACUUAAGGCUACUCUUGGUUCAACUUCGCCCCUCUUGCCACCUGAGUUGAUUGCCGAACUCUCCCAAAAGUCCGAAACAUUAAUGUCUGACACGGAUCAAGUCAUCGAGCUCAAGAUCGAACAUCAUUGCGUUAGCAUUAGCAAUAAUGACCACGCCCCAGACAUCAAUACCAUUCAGGAAAACAGCAGCUCUGACUCUCUGGAAACUUUGGCGUUUGAAGAACAAAACCUGUUGUAUUGGAAGAUACUGUCAUGUCUUAAAAAUUUCCAAUUGAAUGCAAAGAAGAGGAAUGCUAAGGACGUUCCAUUACUUCUACUUGAUAAUGUUGAGGCCUCGCUAUCGGCGGUGAGGAAAGAAGAUGGGAAUGAGAUGGUAGUUGAUACAAACUUGAACGAAAUUACGGGUACCAUUGACAGAAGGAAGGUAUUUACCAUUCUCGGUCUGAUCCAUUUGAUCUUGCAGACUGUUAUCAUACCUGUGAAGAACAUGAGAUCUGAAAUCAACAAGGAUUUGGAGAAGUUCGAAAGACAUGAACGGCGCGGAAGCGUCGCUGAAGGAGCAAAGGCAAUAACCUUCCAAUUGAAUCUCAAAAAGAUGAACUAUAUUGCCAAGCUUUCUGAUGAAUUCAAGUUACGUUUACAGGCCUUCGACUUUAGUGUCAUCAGCAGGCAGAACGUUUUGAAUAUCAACAUAUACUUCUUGCGACUCUUGGCUGAUUCUCCUCAAUUCAAAGGCAUGUGGAGUAGGCUUGGUUGUGUUGAUUCGAUAAAUGUGAAGCUCAAUGAUCCUCAGGAGUCAGAGAAAAUCUCCAUUUUCUCUUCACAUGUACGCUUCUUCCAGCCCCAUGGAUUUGUUGUCUACAAGCUUUUCGACAAUAUAUCUAUUUUUGUCAAGAUCAUCAAGCACCUUGUGAAAUGUCUCAAGUCAUCAGAAAAGUCUACUGUGGUCUUCCCUAAUGAAUCUUUACCGCUCAAGGUACCUAACAUUCGUUUCAAGUCAACCAACUUAAGUUACUUGAUGGAGGACGACCCAUUUGAAGCUGAUCUAGGAAUGCACUUCCAGUUGGGUUUGGUGGAGCAAAGGAAACGAAUGGAUAUGCUCUCAGCAUUUGAAGAAAAGGUCAAGCAGGAAAACUUAAGCGAAGCUGAGUUCGAUGUUCGUCUUGAUCAAAUGCGUGUUGCAAUUUCCGAUCUGUGGAUAAGAAAGGUCAACGCUUAUAAGGCAGCUAUGGCAUCUGAAUUGACAGAACAUGGUAGGUACAUUGUUGGUAAUGAGCUUGAUCUCCCGGCGCUGGAUAAUCAUAAGGUUCUCGGGUAUUUCAUAGCCCCACCUUUGUUGAAGAUUGUUAUGGCUGACUUUGAUAUUCUCAUAACAUCUCCAGAGUUCCCGUUGGAAGAGCUUCCACAGUACAUUUACAAUGUUGGCCAAGGAGUACCUACUGAUACUCGCUACAAUCUUAUGGUCCCUACGCAUAUCGACAUGUGUGUCAACGAGCUUAGAAUUCACUUGAGAGAUUAUCCAUUGCCCUUGCUUCAUUUGCCAAGAGCUAAAGAUGAAGUUGGCAGGGGAAGAGCUCUUAUGAUGAAGGGUCACUUGGUUAUUGGAGAGGCUCUCUGUCUAGAGAAGGAGCAUUUGAGACAAAUGGAGGUCCAGUUGCGUGAACCGUCGGAGAAUCCUGAUGAUGAUCUUCACAAGUACGACCAUCUCACUAUAAACAAAUCGCUCACCACAGUGAAGGUGUUCACCGAUUUGGAUGUGAAGUUUGAUUCUAAUGGUCCUUGUCGUUUUGUUUGGGGUCAGGCAUACCAAUUUGGUAUCCAACAAGCUAUGCUUAAUUUUGAUUCAUUCUCCAAGCCUCCUGUCGAUCCAUCCAACAAACUUGGUUUCUGGGAUAAGAUGAGAAUGCUUCUCCAUGGUAAAUUCUCAAUUCGUGCUGAAGGUUCUACCCAAGUUGAGGUCGCUUUUAAGGGAGGAAGGGAUCCAUAUGAUCUUUUCCCUAAAUCAUCUGGUUUUAUUUUGUCCUUCCAGGACCAUGUCAUUUGGAGAAUUAACCAUGAAGACAACUCACUCAAGUUCUUCGACAUUCUGGCACAAAGAGUGUCUUGGUACAUUCCAAACUAUCUUGCUGCUCCACUUAUGGCAUGGACGAGAGACAGUUCCGAUUCCGUGUUCCUCCCUGACUUCCAUAAGAUGACAAACACUGUUCAUGCUUAUUAUUUGAUCAGAACACCUCCUCAUUCUACUGCUGAGAAUGCCACUAACCCUGAUAUCAACAUCAAAGAAAAGAUGGCAAUUGAAUUAAGUGGUGGAAUCAGAUAUGUGGUGGGUUUCCUUUUACAACGUCAGGCUGUUGAUGGUGGUGUCACCGAAGAUUGUAUUCCUCAUUAUGACAUUGUGCCAUUUAAUCCGGAGUUUACUUCAGAGAAUCAUGAUACUUACAAAGGAUUCAGAAGCACGAAGCUCCAUAUGUCGAUGUCUUUAGCUGCGCAUACCGAAGACAGUUAUAACACGAUUCAUUUGAGUCCUGGAGGCUUUGAUAUAUUCUUCAAGUGGUGGAAAAUGUUCCAAGGUAACAUGAUGCUUCCUAUUAGAAAGGGUAUUGUUUUUGGAGAAAAGAAGGCCAGUCCUAAGUUCUCACAGCAUCUUUUCACUAAUAAGUUUUUGUUCCAGAUCAGAAAUCUUUUCAUCAGUCAUAUCUACAGAGAGGAGUAUUUUGGACAGGAUGACGACUAUAUUGAUUGUUUUGGUUUGAGAGCUAGAGUCAAAGAUUUUGUUGUCGACUUGCAUCAGCAAAAGGAAGAACGUAUUUCAUUGCACAGGCCUUCAGGCAAAGAGAUCAAGACACUUAAGAUGAUCAUGAAACUUGGUGAAGUUAGUCUUUCAGAAAUCGAUAUGCGAGUGGUUCUUGCAAAGAUCUAUAGAGACACGUACUCAGUUGGCGAGAAGCUGUCGAGGGAAAAGUGCAAGCUUAAGAUUUUUGACGACAAUAAGCAGUGGUUUGACCCUAGAGAUUUCCAUGAAGCAUUCAAGUCCAAUAGUCAUGAGGCAUUCAAACUGGUUGAGGUUACCCCAAUGGCUUAUUCGGAGAGGUUCGCUUAUAUCAGGGACACUACGGACAUGACUGGUGGAAACAAUGAUAGCGCUGAGAAGUCACACGAUUGCAAAUUAAACACUGGGGAUAUUCACAGCGCCCAAAUCAGUGUUGCGAAGCGAAGGCAAGCAGACCUUGAAGAAAUCUACCUCCGCCAGGGCGGUGUGGAUCUCGAAAGAAGAAUCAACUCCUUGAAGCUUUACGUGAGAAAGUUUGAAGACGAGAGAGAAAGAAGUUCAAGAAGAGAAAGUACCCAGAGUGUGCCUAAGUUGAAGGAGCAUUUCCAUAAUCGGUUCUUGAUUACUUCGAUGUUGUUCAAGUGGAACGUCAAAGUGCGUGAUAUCUUCACCAAAUAUUUGCUUUUUGCCGAGAUCAAUUCAAAAGCCCGCAAGUUCCUAUCCUAUGAGUUUGUCAGUAUGCUUGAAGGACUUGUCAAUAAGCAGGAUAAUCAGUCGGAUCGUUUAUCUGUGGCAUCAUCAUCGAUUUAUGAUACUCAUUCAAGAGGCAGAAAGCUCAGUCAUACUCUGAUGAAGGUAGGAAGUUCCCAGGAACGUCUUAACAAUUUUGAUGCUAUAUUGAGGGAGAUAACUGGCGAUGAGCGUAUUGCUGAAGACUUUAAGAUCGAGGUGAUCGGCGUUCAAAUACAGUUCCACACCGAGCAAGUUAUUGAUACCGUUUCCAUCGUUUCUGCUCCAUUAUUGGAGCUGAAGAUAGUGUCUGUUCUUCCAAAGAGUGAUAACCCCUUAAUUAUUAAUACUACCGUUCCUGAGAAGAGAUAUGGUGUGUUACUUCAUGAUGCUAGCGUCACCGUUCUUGAGAAGAAGGAUGUCGAUCAUUGGAAUCCAAUUCUUGAUGUGAAACCAUGGGGAAGCAAAUCAAACUGGCCUCCAUGGUUGGGUAUUGAAACAUGCAGAGACAACGCUCAUAUUGAUCCAACGCUUAUGCCGAUUGAACGUAUGUCAGUGAUGGUCACUUACGACAAAGUGAACGCCCUGGCGAGUGAAAUGGAACAUCAAGAUAAUGAUGAUGAUAACCGCUCGCAGAUUGAGACGCUUGGUGAGCUGGCUUCUUCAGCAAAGAAUAAGCUCCGGGUGGACAUACCAAGGGUCAGUAUCACUUCGACUUCAAAGCAGUAUCUCGCCCUUUAUGCCACUGCCCUCAACUUGUUCCAUUAUUCUGAUCCAAUCACUAGCCAGUUGAAAGAUAAGCUACUGAAGCUUAAUUUCCAGACUGAAUUCCUGGAUUACAAAGCCAUGCAUGAUAGGUUGACAAAGCUUCACAGCUAUAUGUUAACCCUUAAGGUGUUACUGAAGGGAUACGGCUACAGGCAUGAACAUCUUGAUAAUGAGGAAUUAAACCUGUUCUUAUUCCUUAAUUCAGAGAUUGAUGAUACAAACUUUGAGAUUCUAUUCACCGUGGAGGCACUCCUAAUGCGAGACGCAUUUUCCGACUCAUCCAAACUGACCGUCGCUGACUGGAUCAUUGGAACGGAUGAGGUGGUGCUUCAUAUGUUGCAAGAUGACCGCAAGCCUAUUUUGGACUUGGCUAUUGAAGGUGGUACAUGCAAACGAGUCAUAAUGGAAGAUGGCUCGAACGAUAAUAGAAUUCAGAUCAAGAAUAUUCAAGGUAAUAAUUUGGUGAAGGGUGCUCCUUACAAGAGGUUCGUCGAGUCGGUGUACGCACCUGGCGACGAGAACCUUAUACUUGUUGACUGGUCGAUGCAAAAACCUGUUGGAGGUAUCAAAAUCAUUGAGAACUUCGAAAUCAAUUCCAAGCCCUUGAAGAUCAGAUUUGAUGAAAUCACUGGAGUCCAGUUGAUGCAAUUUAUAUUCCAAACUGACAAGGAGGACGAAAUUGAGAACAGUGUGCUUAUCAGAAUGAACGAUGGUUUGAAGGAUAUCGAUGAGGCUGACAAGCCUGGUAACGGUGAAAAGUCUAAGAAGAACAAGAAAAAGAAGAAGAAGAAGAAUUCUGCGGACGGUUCUGGAGAAGAUGAAGAUGAUGGCGAUUUAUCAGACAGUGGUUCGCUAGCAAGCACUACUGUUAUUUCGAAUCGAGAGCUGAAGACAUUUGAUUCUCGUACACAAAAUAAGACGGUUAAAAAGAAGGGCUCGUUGAAGGAGUCCUCUUUCUCAAGUGGUGACGACGGAGAUUUUGGAGAAGAUGUGGCGAGAAUGAUUGAAAGGUCCAAGAAGUAUUUCAGUGUCACCAAUAUGAACUUUAGGCCUUUCGACGUGAUGAUAUCGUUGAAGCUUAAGUCAGGAUUGUGGAGGUUGUUGAAUGUCACCGACUUUAUGCUCGAGCUUCCAGGGUUCCACGUUGAAAAGGAGCUCGUGUCGAUGCUCGACAUCGGGGACUUAAUGAAGAAGAUGUUGAUUAAGUCACUUUUAUCGCAUAGCGGCCGGCUUUUGAAGAAUAUGUUGAAGACUAGCGGCCGCAACCGGAAGAAGGAUACAUACUAUGUUGUCAAGGAGACCAUUAAAUAA